AUGGGCAUGCGGCCAUGGGCAACAGGCCCUGGACAGUUCCGAAAUGUUAUCGGUAGAGUCUUUAAGUCCGGUAAUUCGAACCAAGUUUCAUCUCGAUUCGAAUUGGUAUAUCACCAGGAUUCAAAUCGUUUUCUUCUGAAUUUGGUGCCCUUUCCCUCUGUAAAGUUGUAUAGAUUAGCGCCUUCGAAAAACUCGGAUAGAUUCAAUCUUUGGGGAGGUUUCGCGGGGAAUUUCGGGUCGAGGAGUAUCAGGGUAUGUGCAAAUAGUAGAGAUAGUGAUUCCACAGGUGGUUCAGGGGAGAAGAGUGAAGCUAAACCUAGCGAAACUCAGGGGGUUAAUAAGAACACAACGAAUUCUGGUUCUUCGUCCAAUCCAAGGAGGGAGAAGCACGGAAAAGGAGGGGGAUUCAGUAUGCCAGUGCAGCAUGGUAAGACAUAUUUGCUGCGAAUCAUCAACGCUGCACUGAAUGAAGAACUGUUCUUUAAGGUUGCUGGCCACAAACUCACUGUCGUCGAAGUUGAUGCCGCGUACACGAAACCUUUCAACACCGACACCAUUGUCAUAGCCCCCGGCCAGACCACAAAUGCCCUUUUGACCGCCGACCACGGAAGUGGCAAGUAUGCAAUUUCAGCAUCAACUUUUAUGGAUACCCCCAUUGUUGCUGUUGAUAAUGUGACAGCCAUUGCCACUUUACAUUACACAGGCACACCUUCUACUACCCCUACCAGCUUCACUGGCCUGCCUCCCCAAAAUGCCACCCCAGUUGCAACAAAGUUCACAAACUCCCUUAGGAGCUUGAACUCAAAACAAUACCCUGCAAAAGUUCCAUUAGAAGUUGAUCAUUCCUUGCUUUUCACCAUUGGCCUUGGCAUUAACCCUUGCAAAACUUGCUCGAGUGGCAACCAAGUGGUGGCUGAUAUAAACAAUGUUACAUUUGUUAUGCCAACCAUUUCACUCCUUCAAUCUCAUUACUUCAAUAUCAAUGGUGUUUUUACUGAUGAUUUUCCUGCAAAUCCUCCAAUAAGAUACAACUAUACAGGGAAUCAGCCAAGCAACUUGCAGACAAUGAGUGGAACUAGGCUUUAUAGACUGGCCUACAACUCUACGGUCCAAUUAGUCUUACAAGACACUGCAAUGAUAGCUCCAGAGAACCAUCCAAUUCAUCUUCAUGGAUUCAACUUCUUUGUUGUUGGAAGUGGCUUGGGAAACUUCAAUCACAAGAAAGAUCCUAAGAAAUUCAAUCUUGUUGACCCUGUGGAGAGGAAUACAAUUGCUGUUCCUUCUGGUGGAUGGGUUGCUUUAAGAUUCAGGGCUGAUAAUCCAGGGGUUUGGUUUAUGCAUUGCCAUUUAGAAGUGCACACAACAUGGGGACUUAAGAUGGCAUUUCUAGUGGACAAUGGGGAAGGGCCAGAAGAGUCUCUUCUUCCUCCUCCAAAUGACCUUCCCAAAUGUUAGGUAAGCCCCCAUUGAAUUCAUAAAAUUUAAGGGCAAAAAAAGUAUGGAAAAGGAACUGAAGUUCUAUCAGAACUGCCCUAAAAAAGGCAAGAGUUCUUGAGCAAAAAGAAAGCAGCUGCUUAUUCCUGUAUAGAACAGCAUGGAGAUUCUUUCAAAUCUUGUUGGUUGGGCUGUCAUUUGUUUAUAUUGCCUUGCGGGUUAUUAUGUAAUUUUGUGAAUGUUUUCUUGUUUUCUUUUCUGGGGUGGUUUAAAAUGUAUAAACUGCAUUGAUUGUUGUAUAAAAUCCAAUAACAAUUAACUUUUUCAGAGAUUACUUUGUAUCUGAGUUGUAAAAAAAUGGCUAACUUAGAUGAAUUUGGUUGA